ACUGCCUUGCUAGAUGACGCGGUGCCGCUGGCGAGCCAAAUGACCUGAUGCCUGGUGACCCGAUGCCCGCUGUCGAGCCAGAUGAUCCAAUGUCUGACCCAGUGCCCGUGGUCAUGCCAGUUGACUCGGAACCCACUGUCAUGCCUGAUGACGCGGUGCCUGCUGGCGAGCCAAAUGACCUGAUGCCUGUUGACCCGAUGCCCGUUGUCGUGCCUGAUGACCCGGCGCCCGCCGCUCCGCCUGGGGGCCCCGUCGCCCGCCGCUCCGCCUGGGGGCCUGGCGCCCGCCGCCCCGCCUGGGGGCCCGGCGCCUGUCGCUCCGCCUGGGGGCCCGAUGCCUGUCUCUCCGCCUGGGGGCCCGAUGCCUGUCUCUCCGCCUGGGGGCCCGAUGCCUGUCUCUCCGCCUGGGGGCCCGAUGCCUGUCUC